UUUCUCUUUCGUUCAAGAUGUCCAUGUUUCUUGAAUACAAAGCCAAGUUAAGUCAUGGCAUCAAUCAAUGCCUUGAACAAGUAGCCCAGUAUAGAAUGGCCCAUAAUACCACAGAAGCACCAUUGAGUUUGAUUCAAGACCUUACACAACAACACUUGGCACCUUUAGCAGGCAAAGAGAACACGUUGGGUGUAGUGAUUGUCCAUCGAGAAAAGGAACGUAGUGAUUGGCGAAGACCAGGCAUAGAAGCCAUCUUUCGUCGCGUCUUAUUGAAUAUUGUUAAAAACAUGGAGGAAUCACAAGAGAGAUAUUAUCAAGUAUGUGAUUGUCUUGAUUUCAUUCUCUAUUGUGGUGAGGCUGAUUUGCUAGACACAACAUUUCAUUUGAAUGCGAUUGAAGAAAUACUCGAUAUUCAUAGUAUUGGUGGAUGUGAAAUGAUCUUUAAAUACAUUGAAAAGCGCAAAAAUCGCAUUACACUCGGAUUGGAACCAAACAAGGGUAAAGGCCUUGUUUUGCUGAGAUUGUGUAAUGAACUCUUGCGUCGACUGUCUAAAGAGACAAACACAGUGUUCUGUGGUCGUAUCUUGAUGUUCCUUGCCAAUUCUUUUCCUCUGGAUGAACGAUCAGGCGUUAAUUUACGUGGUGAUUUCAAUACAGACAUGGUUCAAUAUGACUCUGAUGAAGUGGUGGAUGCAGAUCCUCAAUUGACAGAUGACCAAAAGACGUUCUAUAAAGUGUUUUGGUCUACUCGAGUCUUCUUUUCAAAUCCACCUAGUAUUUUUGCAGCAGAUCAUUUCAGUCAACUUCAAGAAGGCACGAAACUGAUUGUAGAUAAAUUACAAGUGAUUGGUGAAAAAGAAGCAGAAUUAGCUGGUGCACGUAAAGAUAUCAUGAAGCGUAAACAAGAAGUAGAGAGUAUGCAAGAAGAUCCCAGUCUGACUGAGUCUAUGUUGGCUGAAAUCAACAAGGAUUAUCAAUUUCCUCGACUUUUGAGUAGCAGACGAUUACUUGGCCUAGAGAUGGAAGACGCUCGGUUUAGAAGAAAUUUGAUUGUGCAGUUCUUGAUCUUGUUUCAAUAUCUACUUGGAUUUACAGAAGAAGAGAAAGAAAAGACAACCAAAUUAAUAGAAGCACGUCCUAAUGCUAAAACAAGUCUUGCACCUCCUACUUAUACCUUGUCUAAAGAACAAGCAGAAUGGAUUCAUCAAGUACAAGAAACACUCUUGACACUCUUAAGAGCCACAAAGCCUCAUGGUAAUCUCUAUACAGACAUCAUCUUGAGUAUGUUGGACUAUGAACGUCAUUGGAUUAUUUGGAAAGCAUCAGGAUGUCCCAAAUUUGAAAAACCACCCAUGAGUAUGAAGGAUCUAGAAAAGAGUUGGAUGAACAAGAAGCCUCGAUUAGAAGCACAACCCCCUAAAUACAGAUAUUCACAUGGUAGUUUUGAAGUCUCUAAACUGUACGGUAAACCCAGUGUGCCCUUAUCUCAGUUUAUGCGGGAUCGUCCUCCAUUGCCUUCUGCGAUUGAAGUGAUUGAUCGAUCGAUUGCUGAAUUAGAUGAUUCAUUAGAUCCCUCAAAAGAACGAUUUGAUUAUGCCAAUGGUGCCUUAUUACAGUCUGUUCGACUCAUGUAUCAACAACACCCAUUGCUGAUUCGCAGUGUAUACAACUAUAAAAAAGAAGUCUAUAAAGAGAUGCAUGCCAAACGACAAGAGACAGAUGAACCAGUUGACUUUGUUGUAGGUGAAGCCAUUGAUGAAGACUAUGUUUUAUCAGAAAAAGCAGUCUUAUUAAAAGCAAAAGAAUACCUUUUGCAAGAAGCAGAAGACACAAAAAAGGAAUAAUAAAGAAUUCAGGAGUACAUAUUAAAACCAUUAUCAUUAAAGAGCAGCAUACUCUUCA